AUGUCUAGUAUUCUAUCUCCGGUUGACAUGGAAACAAUCAGAACCAACUCGAUUAGGCGACUGACGGCUAAGCAGUUGGCUAAUAUGGAGCUGCCUUUGGCUAAAUCUACUGUUAUGAUGAUUGAUGGCCGGUCGGUGCACAAUGUGCUUGUGGUGGGCUGGCUGAGCGGAUCAAAACGAACUUCGAAUUCGUUUCUCUUUACGAUCUACGACGGGACCGGACACAUUGACUGCUGCAUUUGGCAAAACAAUACCAAUGCUACUCGGCUGGCAGCCGAUCGAGUGGAGGGAGACUUUGUUAUGGUUAUUGGCUCUAUUUCUGCUUAUAAUCAGAAGGCUGUGCUUAACUGUACACACAUUGGGUUAGUUGAGGAUGGGAACUAUUUGGCGUUUCAUUUGCUUACUUGUAUUCAACAGCACCAGGAGAAUGUAGCCAGUUGCCAGGCGCCGUUGGAGUCGGGACUAGCGGCUGAUGCGCAGGCGGAUGAAAGCUUGCUGGGAUAUACCGAGAAUAACAGUGGGGUGUGGAACCGACCGGCGGCAUCGAAAGUUCUAAGUCGGAUUCAUAUGGAUACUAUUGAGUGCUUCCAACGGAACCAGGGCGAUACUGGGCUUAAGAAGGCUGUAGCACAAAAGAUGCUUAUGUCGCAUGGAUACAGCGCUGAGGAGAUUGCGGGUGCCUUUGAGUUUCUGGUUGAAAGUGGCAAGCUUCAUGUUUCUUCGGUUGAGAACGAUGAGCUGGCCUUAGUGGAAUGUGACUUUUAA